UGAUCACGUGACCUGAUCACGUGUCCUGAUCACAUGACCUGGUCAUGUGACCUGAUCACAUGACCUGAUCACGUGACCCGAUCACGCGACCUGAUCACGCGACCUGUUCAAGCGACCUGAUCACGCGACCUAAUCACAUGACCUGAUCACAUGACCUAGUCAUGUGACCUGAUCACAUGACCUGAUCAUGUGACCUGAUCACGCGUCCUGAUCACAUGACCUGAUCACGCGACCUAAUCACAUGACCUGAUCACAUGACCUGGUCAUGUGACCUGAUCACAUGACCUGAUCAUGUGACCUGAUCACGCGUCCUGAUCACAUGACCCGAUCACAUGACCCGAUCACAUGACCUGAUCACAUGACCUACAGAAGAUGAACUCUGUCAUCUCUUGUUUUGAAUGUAAUCAGAUUUCUGAAGGUGAAAUAGUUUCUUAAGCCCCUCCCCUAAAUACAGACUGUCCGCCACAGCUCAGCCUCAGUUGAAGUUCAAGAACACAAUCAUAAUAAUUUGAAUCCAGCGGUGACUUCCAAAUAUGUAAGGUUUACCUGUGCCAGGUGUAUCAGUGAGGGGCGGGGCUUAUGAAACCAUGGGUUCAUCUGAUGCUUUGACUUUCAUGAAUCUUCUGAACAUAAAAACUGUGGUUUAAGCAAAAAUCAGACAUUUUAUCAGAAUCAAAUGAAUCAAAGUAGUUUAAUAGAAAAAAUCAACUUAAGAAAAAAAUGAUAAACAAUCCUGCAGUGCAGAGAUGCUGUUACCAUGGUUACCUGAUGUCACUCUAAUUGAUUAAUUGUGUGACUUUGAUUGUUCUCUCCCGCUAAUUUCUGAUGAUUUGAUUGAUUGAUUCACUGCCUUUUCAAUCUCCUGUAGAAAUUUACAUGACUGUACCUGUAGGGGCGGCAGGGGUGCGAGGGCUGGGUGGGCGGGGCUACCUGGCCUACGCAGCUGGGGGCGGAGCUGUAGGACGCAGUAGCGGCGCCUCCUAUGGUCUGAAAUUGAAUAAACAGGCUGAGGAGAAACUGUACGACCUUCUGCCCGGGAUGGAGCUGACACCGAUGAACCCUGCUGCCAUGAGCCUGAAAACCACCGGCAUCAAACCAGCAACACAGGUUCUGGAGGAGCUGUGUCAGAAGAAUAACUGGGGACAACCCGUCUAUCAGCUCCACUCUGCCAUCAGUCCAGACCAGAGGCAGCUGUUUCUCUACAAGAUCACCAUUCCAGCUCUGGCCUCUCAGCACCCAUCAGCACAUCCCUUCACUCCAGCCAAACUGUGCGUGUCAGUAGAAGAAGCGAAAGUCCACGCAGCCGAACACACGCUGCAGAUCCUCGGCCUGCAGACAGAGGGCGUCGCUGCUGACGCCAGCUGUGCUGCCGCCGCCGCCGUGGCCUCAGUGGCCUUUCCAGGCUACGCUCUGGCGAGCCCGGCGUCCUCGGCGGUCACCUCCCAGCUGAAGCAGGCGGUCUCUCUGGGUCAGGACAUGGCCGCCUACACCACCUUCGAAGGUUACCCUGCGUUUGCUGUGGCGGCGCGCCACGCUGACGGAUACGGAGUUUUCUAGAAAAUCCAUUUCCAGAGAAGAAAAUUCCUAAAGCUGCGUUUACACUUUGUUUCUGAUUAUUGAUCCCAGGUCAAUUCUCAGCUAAUGUGAAGAAAAA